GAAAGAAUUGGAGAGAGGGAGGGAUGGGGGGCAUGAAAAAGACGGAGCAGUAGAGAGAUGAGAGGUGGGAAAAGACGACAGAGGGAGAUUAACAGAAUGUGUUAGUGAGCAUUAGAGAGGCAGAGGAGACACAGAAGGAGAGGGGGGGCUGAAAUUUAUCAUCCCAUUCCUUUUCCUCUCAGGAAGCACAUCCUGUUGCUGUUUAGCUGUGAAGUGGCAGCGCAGAGUGUUUGUCGCAGUGAGAGAGAGACUGAGUACGCCCUGAAGCUCACCAAAACAGCACAGUGAAGCCCCUUCCUCUUGGACAACAGCAGCACUCAGAGACACGUCUGUGUGAGCCUCCCCACUGCCUGAGAAUCGCUUUUCAGACCUGCAGCAUGGAGAGUACUGACAGAGGAAGGAGGGAAAUCCAAGCUAGAGCUUUCUACCGCCUCUGAAAAUGAGAUGCUGAGAAAAUAAUUUACAGCUGCAAAGCUGUGUGCUUCAACCCCAAGAAUUCAGGGCAUCUGGUUUUCCUUUCUUCUGUUAUUUUUGUUAUCCCACCCCCCCAACCCCCCAGUCUGUGGAGAGUUUGAAAAAGAGACGCCUUUCUGCUGUUUGCUUGAAAACCAGCCUCCCUCCUGGGCUCAGAGAGAGAAAGAAGAGAAAGAAAAAUAGUAAAAGGAGCAAGGGGACUCAAAGCAGGAGCCAGGCAGUGUCAAGCUUGUGGAAUGGACCUGCCUGUCUGCCGGUUAAGCACAGAACUACCGUCAGUACCAAAAUCUGAAGAGGAAGGGUAAAAAGGGAUUUCUACCACCCAAAGGGAUAUAUGAAAAAAAGAGUUGACCUGAGAAUGAACGGAGAUGUCCUCUAGCUGCGAUUAAAGGGGUUUCAUUUGCGCAGGUGGUUUUGUUGUUUCGGAUGCACCGCAACUGAUAAGCAGCUCACUCGAGAGGAGCAGGAGAAGGUGGUAGAGGAGAGACUGGGUCAGGCCACACCUCCCCUGCAGGGAAGGGAGUGGAUGGCCGUUCAGAAGCUGGUGGCCGCGGCGGUGGCUGUGGCCCUGCUGUCCCUGAUCCUCAACAACGUGGCGGCUUUCACACCCAGCUGGGUGUUCCAGGCGCUGGAAGACGGGCGCAAGCGCAGCGUGGGGCUAUGGAAGAUGUGCUUUGUGGCGGAGCGGGGCCGAGAGGCAGGGGGAACGGCACGGCAGGGCCAGACAGGAGAGCGGCAGUGCCAGACUCUCGGCUGGGGGGCAGAGUACUCUGGCUUUCAGGAGUCCCGCAGCACCGUCAAGUUGCAGUUUGACAUGAUGCGCGCCUGUAACAUGAUAGCCACUGUGGCCCUGACGGCUGGACAGCUCAUUUUCCUGCUGGGCCUGGUGGAGCUGCCCCUCAUCACCCAGGAUUCCCAGUGGUGGGAGGAGGUCAUAGCCGCCCUCUUCCAGCUAGCCAGCUUUGUUCUGGUGAUUGGGCUGGUCACAUUCUACCGCAUCGGUCCCUACACACACCUCUCAUGGUCCUGCUACGUGGAUAUCGCUGCCUGCCUCCUGGCCACGCUGGCAGCCGCCAUGCUGAUCUGGAACAUCCUGCACCGACGGGAAGACUGCCUCACACCUCAGGUCAUCGUCAUCAGCCGCUCGCUGGCCGCGCCCUUCCGCCCACGCCUCGACAACGACUACGUUGAAUCACCCUUCUGAGUCCAUACAAACUGCCCUUCAUUGGGAGGACUGGAGAAACUCUAGUAGUGGCUUUAACUAACCCAUUUGGGUGCCAACUCUCUGCCAGACUAACAGUCGCUGUUACUGCCAGAGGGGAGGGGGAGGGGUUGGAGAUGGGCAUCGCUUCCUGAAAUAAUUUUAAAAUGCUAUUGUUUCCUUAAAAACAGAGACACUAACCAGGCUGGGUUUCCAGACCUAUGAAUUUUAGGGAUUUUAAAAGCACAUAGAGACAAGAGAAAGGCCUCGAGACUGCUGGGGAACCCACCUGUAGUCUGGGCCUGACCUCCACAGCCCAGGAGUCAGGCAGGAUUUACAAACUGCACAGGAUGUACUGCCGAUUUGUUCCGACACCCACAAUGAUCCCUUCAUAUCUAGGACGCUUGCUUUAGGCCACUAGGCUGCUCAUGCACUGACCCACCUCAAUGUGCUUUGCUGUUUCUCUCUGGAUCAGCUGAUCCGGACAUCGCAACAUACAACCCUUUCUUCACGAGCAGGGAUCAAGCUGGCUCUUGACUUCUUUUUUUAGCUCAAAACAUUCUUUUUUCAAGAUCUAGUAGAGUUUCUAAAUGUAACAGAUCAAGAUGUUACUGGCAGCAGCAUGCCAGAACCAUUUGUUUAUUUAAAGUGGCAUACUUUAUAUUUGUAUGUGUUCCCAUAACCGAAAACAAUUAAUAUUUGUAUUAAUAUAUUGUAUAUUUUACAAAACAUAGUACAGUACAUUACAAUAUACCCCAAUAGAUACAGUGCUGGACAUGAAUAUUACAUUUGCAUUCAUCUUUAGGACAUCCAAAAUAUUUCUCCUUUAUACAAUCGCAUUUCUGUCCAAAAACACCUCUUUUUCAGUAGACAACCAAAUUGUAUUAAAUAUUACUCUGAUUGAUUGCGAGUGAAAAUUCUCUGUGCCACAGCUUCUUGAGCUUUACAUUCCUAUAAUGCAGAGUUUUCUCUGUCCAAUGACAUGCUACUAUUUAAUUGAAACACACCUCUGAUAAGAUAAUACAGGCACAUGUAAGGUGGUGCAAUAAUCACAGCCACCACUGUCUUCCUCUCCCUAAUUUCUAUUUUUGUUUCAGGAGUGUCAGACCAAGGGUUUAGCCUGAAUGCAUUCAAAUUUAACUUUUCCACAUUAAAUGUCAGCCAAUUCCAUAUGCAUGCCUCCAUUCAUAAAUACUGUGCUACCCUUUUGUUAAUUAAUAAAUAAAUAAAUAAAAAUAAAUAAAUAAAUAAAUAAAAGCUGCUUUUCAAAAUAUUUUAUACAUUAUGUAAUGAGUGCUAACAUUGCAAAAUCUACAUUAUAAUGUACUUUCAUAUUGAGAGCUGUUAAAUGCCAAUGUAAAAUGCUUUGUGUUACUGGAUUUAUAAUUAUUAAAUAAUGUGAAUCUCCAUGAUACCUGUUUCGAGAACAGUGUGGUGUGCAGAAUUAUGUGGAGUUUUUAAUGCGAUUGACCAAAGUACACCACCUACUCCCCACUGAGACACUGGCCGUGCCUGGGACAGAGCGAUAGCACUUUUCUCCAUUUGUUUUCUGUUUGUGCCCUGCUUCCCCAGUAACCAAACCACACAGAGAAACUGCAGCAUGGCCGGCGAAUUCCUGUGCAGGAAGUGCGUCAGCCAGCAGGCAGGGGAUUGCGGGAAUCAAACACAAUGCCUCCGGGCCAGUUCACAAAAUACUGUAAAAAUAGCUGUCACUGAAGAACUUAUAUAAAGCUGUCAUCAAGCUAUUAACAUUCUGAGAUUUCCUGCAAAUCGGAUGUGCCAGUUUCUUCAACAAUAACAUUUGCACACGUACAAGGGAAGCAGGCGGAAUACUCUUAGCAGGGAGUUCAUUGUACAGAGAGAUUGGCUCUGCUAGUCAGAGAGAGAGCAUAUAUAUGUGUGUGUGUGUGUGAGAGAACAAAUGUUAGCAAUGUAUAUCCCCACCACAGAUGUUAAUACAAAAAAAGUACUUUCAGUAUCAUGGAAAAGUAGACUAAACUUCAACUUGCUUCAACAGUGGUGCCAUAUACAGUAAACUACAGUAGGUCUGUCAAUGGUAAUCAGUGUGGACAAUGUAACAGUUCAUGAUUGAAGUAUAUAUUAAAAAAUGGUUUAUCACC